AUGCUCGCCCCAACUCACGUGAUUUUGGAAGUAUUUUUAUUGUUGUUGUUAUUGUUGAGUGCGUCACACCGCGGUACUUUCUCUCACAAUUCCCUACCUUACCUUUUUGUCGUGUUUUCCUCAACACAAUACAUUUUUUUUCUUUUUUUUCCCCCUACAAAAGUGCCUCGUUUCUUAUAUUAUAACCGUCAGACGGAGUCAUGUAUGAGCAUAUAUUUAUGCAUUUAUUUAUAUACUUGCCUACAUAUAUAUAUAUAUAUAUCAUUAUGUAUUUGUUUUUUACUUUUAUUAUUUAUUUAUUAUAUUGAUAUUUAUACAUUUUGA